AUGUCGUCAAGAUCAUUACAGAAAGCAUAUUCAAUUUCAAAUGUCCAAUAUGAACUAUACAAUGCCCGACUCAUUGAAGAUUUUGAAAGACGCUAUGAAUCAUCCUAUGAAAUGGAAAAUGACAUCGACUUAGAUAGUUUUGAAUUGAUCAUGACGCUCGGACAAGGCGCUUUUGGUCGAGUAAUACUGGUAGUACUCGAGCCGGAUAAUGUUGAAUAUGCUCUGAAAGUUCUAGAUAAGUCUCAAGUUGUGAAAUAUAAUCAAAUAAAACAUGUUCAAAGUGAAAUACGUAUCCUGAAUGCUAUUCAACAUGCGAAUAUUAUUCGAAUGUAUUCAUUUUUCCAAGACAACUCUCAUCUUUAUGUCUUAUUAGAAUAUGUUCAUGGUGGUGACUUAUUUAGUUAUUUGAAUCGAGAUCGAUUGUUUCCUGAACAUAUCACCAUUUUCUUUGCGGCUCAGAUCGUUCUUGUAUUUGAAUACUUACAUUUGUUCAAUAUCAUCUAUCGAGAUCUGAAACCUGAAAAUAUUCUCAUGGAUACUCAUGGAUAUUUAAAAAUUCUCAUCUACGAACUGAACACGGGUAAUCCGCCGUUCAAAGGUCAAUCCGAAGAUCUUCUUUUCAAAGCAAUAUGUCGAAAACGACCGCCAAUACGUAAAAAAUUCUCAGUCGAUCUCAAACAUAUUAUUCUCCGAUUACUUCAAAAGAAUCCUACGAAACGAUUAGGUUCAAGUGCAAGAGGAUCGACGGAUGUCAAAGAACAUCUUUGGUUUGAUGAGAUCGAUUUCGAUACGCUUUACACUCAACAACUUCCAUCACCAUUCUAUGAAAACGUUCUACGAAAGUCGUUAUCUGAUUAUCGUCGUGAAGUACUGCAACGCAAUGAAAACCCGUUGGUAAUUGCCGAAGAAGAUGAUUAUAUCGAAAUGUUCAAGGAUUUCUAG